UUUGUUCUGGUGCAGAAGCCAACAACUGUGAUCUGCGGAGCUCAAAAGGCAGGCAUCGGCCUGUGCUUUUCGGUGGUGUACAGCGCCCUGCUCACCAAGACGAACCGCAUCAACCGAAUAUUCAAAGCAGGAAAGAAGUCGGCACGUCGACCCAGCUUUAUUAGUCCUAAAUCGCAGCUGCUAAUCUGCGGCGCCUUCGUUAUGAUUCAGCUCUUUAUCAUCGUCAUCUGGCUGGCCUUCUCACCGCCGCGAGUCAUCAACUACCACCCGACGCGCGAGGACAACAAGCUCAUAUGUCAGGCCUCCAUCAACGCCGGAUAUUUGGUGGCCUUUAUCUACCCCAUCAUCCUCAUCGUCGUUUGCACGGUGUACGCCGUUCUGACGCGGAACAUCCCCGAAGCAUUCAACGAGUCCAAGUUCAUCGGCUUCACCAUGUACACCACCUGCAUCAUCUGGCUGGCUUUUGUGCCCAUCUACUUCACCUCCUCGCAGAGCAACCACAUUGCCCUGAACAUCACCACACUCUCUGUCUCCAUAUCACUCAGCGCCACCGUUACCCUCUUGUGCCUGUUCACGCCUAAGCUGUACAUUAUUCUGCUGCACCCGGAGAAGAAUAUCCGCCAGUCGAUGAUGCCGCAGCACAAAUAUAGCAAAGUAGUGGCAACAAAGGUGCAACAACAGCAGCAACAGCCACAACAACAACAGGAGCCUUCCCAGGGAGGAGGACAGAAUGCGGUCAUCAAGGUGACGACAUGCAUUCAGACAAACAGGGUUGACUCGGCCACCCAGUCCGACG